AUGCCUAUUCUGGACACUAUGAUACCCCAUUUCUCACCAGCUCACGUAGAGCUUUGCGAACAACCUAUUCUCAAAAUAUUGCGGCACUCGUGGUUCGAGGAGAUAUUUCGCCCCAAAAUGGACCCGUCGACGAUUAAUAACUGCGUCCUGCUCUUGGGUCUUCCGCAAAAGGCCCUUGCAGGCAUCGACUUGCUCUCCUUCACAGCAUCGCCACGUUUUCGGGGCGUCAAAAAUGUACCACCUGGUCUGCACUUUGUCUUUACUGCAACCGACAACACGCUCUCGGUGAGACAUGGUGCGUGGUUCUAUGUCACGCCAGGUGUCGGCUCACCACAGGUCUUUGUCAAAAAGUGGGAUGAGAGCGCCGAGGACCUCGUAGCGGAAACGUCACAAACUGAAGUACUAAGGCACAAGGCCAACUUGGGAAGCAUAUGGAAGGACGGCCUGACCCCAUAUCGGCAAACCGUGCAAGAGGGAGAUUCCGGCGCUGAGGAGGGCUGGUCCGAAGACUCUACCGAUUGGAGCAAACUUACAUCUCAAGUCACACCUACCAUAUUAUCAAGGAUAUGCGGGCUGAACCCUGACCACUGGAAUCUGACGUCCGCAUCGUCCGCCACACAAGAUCUGGACGAGAUACCGGGCCUGGAGACGAGCAACAGCAUGCUCCACCCGGAGAAGGAACUGAGGUUCCUCCCCAUUGACCUAAAGAAGACGUGGAGGGAAGGUGCGACUGGCCGAGAACGAACAGAAGCUGCACAGGAUCGAUCCUGGUUCCUUGGCGACCUCAUCGACAACCACUGCCAGGCAAGAGAUUUGAGGGGCCGAGAGAAUGAGAUACUGGGCGAACUGCAGUUCACCUUCCUCAUGGUUUUGACGCUCAACAACAACUCAUGUCUUGAACAGUGGAAAAGACUAUUGCGUUUACUUCUCACUUGCCGGCAAGCCGUCCAACAACGCUCUCAGCUGUUUUUGGAUCUCCUCAAGUGUCUGCGCACCCAACUCCCUCACUGCUCAGAUAUGGAGGGUGACUUGUUUGAUAUGAAUGAUGUUGGUGGGGGCUUCCUGAGGAAGCUGCUCAGCCAAUUCCGCAAAGCUUUGGACGACUUUGACGGCAAGUGGAAAGCUGACCUGGUCGACGAAUUGGAGGACCUGCAAGAAUUCAUGGAGAAAGAGUUUGGGUGGGAACCGGAAGGCUCGUAUCUGAAGCGCGGCAUGAUGGAGUUGGAAGAUGGCGAGAGAGUGGAACUGGAAGUCAAGGGCGCAGACGAAGACGACGAGCUAGGCGACUUUGCACCCACCGUCGUGGACCUGACUCCUGAGCAAAUGAAACUCGUGGGCGGAGACGCAAGCCACACUACACAUGCCAACGGCCACGUCGAGGAAGAGUCAGAGGACGAGGUCGAUUUGGACGACAUGGACACGCGAUACUGAGGGGUUCGCGCGCCGGUGCAUACUCGGUCGAAUUUAAACACAACUUGCCAACGCGGUUUGUUCACCGGUUCAGCCACACAGCCAUUUUCCACAUGCUUUGGCGAUGGCAAACUCGCUUGAUGGUGGCACACCUGUCUUAAAAU